AUGAUUAUUAAAUUAUUAAAUAAUAUUAAAUAUAAUUUAAAAUUAAAUAAAAAUUUUAUUUUAUGUAAAUUUAAUAAAAUUAUAUAUUAUUUAAAUAUAUUAUUAUAUAAUUAUAAUUAUAUAUUAAAAUUUUAUAUUAUUAUUAUUAAUAAUAAAUAUUAUAUUUUUAUAAUUUUAAAUAAAUAUAAAAAAAUUGGUUAUUUUAAAAUUUAUAUAAAAUAUAAUCAAUUAUUUUAUAUGAAUUAUAUUAAGUUAUUAAAUUUUUUAAAAUUUAAUAAAUAUUUUUUUAAAGGAUUGUUAAUUUUUUAUUCAUUUAAAUAUAAAUUUAUAACACAUUUAUUAUUAUUAAAAUAUAAAAUUGGAGGUAUUUUAAUAUUAUAUAUUUUUUAA